AUGGCCGUGUUCCUGGCAUCACUCGACAUCUUGGCACCGCGUGUGGCAUCCUUCGCAUCCUUCGUUGCAGCAAAUGCUUCCAGCCUUCAGCUCGAGGAGUCCGGCGAGGAGAACUUGCUUCUCUCACUCCUGAUGGGGACCAGCCUCUACGCCUGCGUGAUCCACGUCGCCUCCGACCUGACCGUUCAGAUUGUCGACUGCGCGGAUGGGCCCGAGGCCACCAGUUGCCAGCUGAUCUCCCUGCCAGGCAGGGGAUUCCAGAUGUUCUUCAUUUCUCCAAAUGGUGACUUGCAUGUGUCCUCGCUGGCGGUGUCGCGCUUUCAAGUCUCCUGGUCGGCCACCGAAGAUCUCUCGGGUUGA